AUGAGUGGUGAUUUCCGGAAAUUCGAUGCCAGUGAGAAUACCUAUGUGCCAGAUGUUAUUCAGUCAGAAACCUCGGAGGGAAGCGAGAACACCGUAUCAUUGAACGAGCGAAGUUUACAUACAGCACGAAGUGCUACAGCUUCGACCAGUCAACGAAGUGAUGGACGACCACCUGCCAACGAAAUUGAGGCUAUGAACAGGCUUAUGAGGCAAGUGCAACAAGAGAGUGCAAAACGAACGCAAAUGCUCAGUCUGAUUUUUGACAAAAAUUUCGAGGAACGAAUCAGAAAUUGCAUGCAAACACGAAAAGAUAUGGAAGCACGCGCAGCCGCUUUCGAGGCACUUAUCCAGCAGGAAACACUCAUCAAAAAACCCAUCAAAGAAAUUACAAUUCAAGAGAACCAUGACGAGGACAACAACGGCGAGUUCCUGAUCAAUUUCUCCAGGACCGGUAGCACCUCAGAAGAACCAAUAACAACACCACCCGACCAGGCACCUUCGCCAUCCGAUCGACCGGGCACGAAUGCUUCUCCAGCAGCAUUUGCUGAAGCGAUCUCACCAAAGAAACUUUCAAUUGAGCCGAAUUCUGUGGAACAUGCCGAAAGUGCGGAUAAAAAAACAAGCAAAAAACUACGAGGGGCCAGACUGGCAAAAUUUGGUCACUGGAGCAAAAAUGCUUUCAACUUCUUCCGCGCAAAGAAUGCUAUUUCAGGAAAAGACGGCCAAAUAUCGCGAAAAACUUCAGAAAAGACAUCACGGCAGGAGAGCAGUGACCAUUCCGAACAUACACCAAGCAACAAAUCACAAGAGGCUCGAGAAGCCCAACAGCAGGCGCGCCAAGCCCGUAAGAAAUCACGCAGUACUCGAACCCCACAACCGAAGCCCUCUAAACUGAAAGGCCGGAAAAUCACAAAAAAGGGGCCAACGUCGAAAGUGGGUCCAAAAGAAGCGAAAAUUUCGAGAAAAGAAGACCGGAAACAAGCGACGGCAAGCAGUGUGUUGAAAUAUCGAGCUGCCAAGCUGAGCCAAGCCAAAAAUAAGUUGUGGAAGCGAAAUGAAACGAAGAAAGCGACGAUACCGGCGAAGCAGCGAAAGCUCAAAUCCUCGCAACCGAAAAAACGCAAAAGCAUCAAAGCAUUAGCAGCCGGCACACCUGCUUCAAAGGCAUCGAAGGCAGGAAGCAAACGUAACGCAGAAAAAAAGCAGAAGCUUCGCAAAUAA